AUGCCACACAGCAACGCAUCAAGUACGGCAUUAGACAGGCGGACAGGUUCGAUUCCAGUACCAGUAUAUCGUCAUGCAGCACCCUCGGGACCAUGGCCUUGGGUAGAUUUCAACACCGACCUUUCAUCCUCUGACCCGCCAUUUGAAAAGGGCAAACAUGAAUGGCGUGGAUACCCGCAAGAACUUUUCGGCAACUGGACUGCAACUCCAGUGGGACGAAGUGAGAUGUUAAAACGAUGUCCGCGCAGCGACCCGUGCAUCAUAUAUGGCAUUGACGUAAUGAACGACGGUCAAUUCAAAACACUUAAGCUGCAUCGCGUUGAGAAUGAAGACGAACUUUGGUCAAAAUUAAAGAAGGAGGAAAGUAUUGUUCGGGAAAACGUCUCCGUUAGAGCGUUGUUCGUGGACAACUUGUCGGAAUCCGUUUUGAAGAUGCUGGGGACAAAGUAUAACAUCGAGCCAUUUUUCUUUUCAUCCUCCACAAACUGGAUACCUUCGCGAUACCGGGAAGACGUUCGACAUGGAGAGGGGGACCAUAUCACAGUCAUCCUUCCUUUUAUUCGGACCACGGGGAAGAAAGAGAAGUCACAAUCAAGUCCUAGCUUAUCCGAACGGAAUAGGAAGGAUACCAUAGAUGUCAUGUUACCCCUUCAGUUAGACGACGGCGAACAUGUCCAUUUCCUUCUCAUCGAUCUUCUGGCAAUUCAUAUGAUUCGAAGCAAGGAUUCCGCUACAAUCAUAUCGUAUCAUCCUGUGCUCCAUGAUCGCACUACUGCCGAGCGCUUGCAUCAGGUUAUGGAACGCGCAGGUGGAAGUGUCUACUGGAAUAAAAUAUUCAACGCAUCUGAAGAUCCAACCUUUUUCUUUCUGGCAAUCUUGUGGUACGCGCUGUAUGCGUGGGAUGAGGCAUUCGAAGUGCUGUACAACCGCAUCAAGAACGUGGAGGUAAUCUUGAACGGCCACGACUUCACCGCCAUGUUCGACCUCAACUAUACCCUUCACAGCCUUCAGGCGCACCUCCUCCAGUAUCAAACCCUCCUUCAUGAUUUCGAAUUAUCGGUCACAUUUGUUAUGGAGUCUCCAAACCCUGCAAUGGAAAAUUCAGACAAUAAGGGUACUACAGAAGAGUUGAUGCAACGAGAAUGCAAGAACCUCCGUUCCGAAAUCGACAGGUUACACAAGAGAUGUUCGAUGUUCAUCAGUCGGUUAAAGAAUGCUACAGAUUUGGCAUUCGCCACUGUAAACAUCGAGGAUAGUCGUCAAACGUCCACGUUAACGAAGGCGACCCUUCGAGACUCUGCAGCGAUGAAACAGAUAUCAUACCUGACCAUGAUCUUCUUGCCCGCCAGUUUUACUGCUUCGGUCUUUGGGAUGAACGUGCGCGAAAUCAAUCCCGGCUCCCUAGAGUCGAUCACACGCUAUGUUUGGGUGGCUUUCCUGCUGACUUUCCUCACAACGUGGAUCGUCAUCGCCGUACAACCAUACAGUACAAUCCACAAUCGUGGAGCCAGCUUGUGGCGGAGGGCUAUGUGGCCUGCAUUUUACCUCCCCCAAAAAGUUAUUGAGUACUUCAGGUCCGGCAAGAAGACAUUGCCACAGGAAAACGAUAUCUCCUUGGGUCCAUAUCGCAGGAGAGGUGAUUCUUCCCUGUUGAAGUUCGACGACGCAAUAUAUGAAGAGGGUGUGAUUGGUACUUCGGUGUAG